AUUUACGUGAUGACGUCGUCACGUUACGUAUGGCUACUUCCGUUGUUUACUUGUCGCUGGGUUCGGACGACUUAAAUGUUAAUUAUAUUUUAUCAUAUUCACAUGGGCGAAAUAUUUUGGUGGGGAAUUAUUAAUUCACAAUAGACUUCAAAUGAAUCUGGGCGACUAAAUUCGAAUUCAAGUUUCGACGCUAGCUAACAUCAGCUAGCUAGCUAUUUAGCCCAUUAUCGUGUUUUUCGAUUAGCCUCUUUCGGCUUGCCUUUUUUCGAAUUAAAGCCCAUAUAUUUGGCUUCUUAUUAGUGUAUUCUGUGUAUUUUCUGCAUCGAGGAUUUAGCUUUCUAAAAAACAUGAACAUUUUGCCGAAAAAGAGUUGGCACGUCCGCAAUAAGGACAACAUCGCGCGCGUGCGUCGAGACGAACAGCGCGCGGCCGAGGAGGAGAACGAAGUUCGGCGGCGCGCAGAGCGCGCGGAGCAAGAGGCUCGGACGGAGUAUCUGCGGAGGAAAUCCCGUGCAGCGCUCGAGCACACAGCAGGACAGAGGGAUGAGGGAGAGACGUGUGGCGAGACUGGCGCGAACGAGCAUCUCAACCUGUUUCCUCUGGAAGACUCGUCAGAGAAGAAAGGCAACACUGAGUACCUGCGUGAGAAGAAAGAGGAGAAGGAGAAACAGGAGCGUGCUAUUGGUCUGUUGGUGUCUCUUGGCCCCGCCCCUGGUACCGAGGCCACGCCCUGGUAUCUGAAGGAGAGAGAGAGAGACAAAGAAGGAGAGAAGGAGAGAGAGAGACAAGACAAGGGCAAAAGGAAGGGUAUAAGUGAGGAGGAGAGAGAGAAGAAAGACCGGAAGUUAAAGGAAGGUCUGGACCCUCUGAAGGACAUCAAGAAAGCUCUGGCAGUGAAAGACAGGAAGGAGAAAAAGCACAAGAAGAAGGAGAAGAGAGAUAAAGGGGAGAAGACGAGUGCAGGGAGCUCGAUGGAGCGACUGCGUGCGGAGCGACUACAGAGGGAAGCGGAGGAGAGGAGACGUGCUCAGGCCCUCCUGGACCAGAGGAACGGAGUGGGUGGAGCCAAGGAUGGACAGAAGGAGCCGGAGGAGAGAGACAGACCGUACAACAGUGCAUACUUUCCUGAACUAGCACGCAAGAGACGGAGAAGGGACAAAGACAUAUAUGACUUCUUGUACUCGAACUCCUAGACUCUGUUGUUUCAUUCACACUGAAGCUCCGCCUCCACCUGAACGUCUUGUAGACUUUAUUCUCUAUGUUAUGAUGUCAUCAAAAAAGUGGCAUCCAAACACAAGCAGUCACAGAGACACAGCAACACACAUUACCUAUGGUAUAAUUUAUCACACACACACACACACACACACACACACACACACACACACUGUGUCCAUGCCCCUGUAUCUCAUACCUGUGUUUAUCUGAGCUGGGAUAGAAAAUCUGUGUAAAGUAAAGAUCAUUACUGAUAUUCUUUCCUUGAGUGUUUAUAAAGUAUAUCAUUAUCAAAUUUCAUGUUAAAAUUGUCCCAGAAACAUUAGGAUAUUAAAACUCAAUCUAGCUCUCA